AUGAAGUUCCAAGCAAUGGAACUUCUCUUUGGCAAAAACACACCAAAACAAAUGAUUCCCAAAGUAACCCUCCUAGCAAUCUUCGCCAUCCUUGUCUUCACCAUCACACCUCUCUCCUACCCACUCUUCCGGUACUCCUCCACCAUGAAAAACGUCAAACAAAUCAAACAACAACCGUCUUCCGCCUUUGAUGACUUAAACGAAUCGUCAAGUUUGCCAUCAAGUUCCAUCAAGAAAUGCGACAUUUUCAACGGCGAAUGGGUGCCGAACCCGAAAGCGCCGUAUUACACGAACGAAACGUGCUGGGCGAUUCAUGAACAUCAGAACUGUAUGAAGUACGGGAGGCCGGACUCGGAGUUUUUGAAGUGGAAGUGGAGGCCGUUCGGGUGUGAGCUGCCGGUGUUUAACCCGUUUCAGUUUUUGGAGAUUGUGAGAGGGAAAUCCAUGGCGUUUGUUGGGGAUUCUGUUGGGAGGAAUCAGAUGCAGUCCAUGAUUUGUCUUCUCUCCAGGGUGGAAUGGCCCAUAGUUGUAUCACAUAGAGAAAAUGAUUAUUUCAUGGUAUGGAAGUAUCCAACUUACAAUUUCACACUAUCUUCAUUUUGGACACCCCAUUUGGUAAGAUCCAAAGAAUCAGACCAAAAGGGUCCAACUUCAACCGGUCUCUUCGAUCUCUACAUUGACGAGCCAGAUGAAAAUUGGAUAACUCAGAUAGAAGAUUUCGACUAUGUCAUCCUGAACGGAGGACAUUGGUUCACGCGAUCAAUGGUUUUCCACGAAAACCAAAAAAUCGUUGGGUGUCAUUAUUGUCUCUUAGAAAAUGUCCCCGAUUUAACAAUGUAUCAUGGCUAUAGACGAGCGUUUAGAACUGCUUUCAAAGCUAUAAACAAUCUUAAAAACUUCAAAGGCAUAACAUUUCUUAGGACAUUCUCGCCGUCACAUUUCGAGAAUGGAAUAUGGAACCAAGGUGGAGAUUGUGUUAGGAGGAAACCAUUUAGGAGCAAUGAGACGGAAUUGGAAGGUGUGAGUUUGGAGUUUUAUAUGAUUCAAUUAGAGGAGUUUAAGGUUGCGGAAAAGGAAGGGAGAAGGAGGGGGAAGAGAUUUAGGUUGUAUGAUGUUACACAAGCUACAUUGUUGAGACCAGAUGGUCAUCCUAGUAGGUUUGGACAUUGGCCUAAUGCGAAUGUUACGUUGUAUAAUGAUUGUGUUCAUUGGUGUUUACCUGGUCCGAUUGAUACUUGGAGUGAUUUUUUGUUGGAUAUGUUGAAGAUGGAAGGGGUGAGAUCGGCGGAAGAAAGAAGACUUCAUUUGAAAACAAAUUGA